AGGUGUAAGAGUCAGCCAUAUUAGGUGGUUGGCGGGUGUGGAGUGCGCGCGCCCUCUCUCGCUCUCUGCUGCCUCGCCCCGGCAACACACGUGUGAGUUUACCUUCUCCUCAACCCCUUUUCUUCUCUUUGACGCCGUUUAUACCUGGUCACCACCAAUAUGUCAGAGGAGCUGCAAGCAGAUUUUGAGGGUGGCGAUUCGGGUGCAUCACAAGUGUAUCCCGCCCAGUGCUCCUCUCUCCGCAAAAAUGGACAUGUUGUGAUUAAGGGCCGUGCUUGUAAAAUUGUGGAAAUGUCAACUUCAAAAACAGGCAAACACGGACAUGCCAAAGUUCAUCUGGUUGGUAUUGACCUCUUCACUGGUAAGAAAUAUGAAGAUAUCUGUCCCUCCACCCACAACAUGGAUGUGCCUGUGGUGAAGCGUGCUGACUACCAGUUGAUCGACAUAUCUGAUGAUGGCUUCUUGUCCCUAAUGAUGGAAUCUGGUGACUUGCGUGACGAUAUUAAAAUUCCCGAGGGUGAUGUAGGUGCUGAGAUAAAAUCCAAGUUCGAAAACGGAGAAGACCUUCUGCUGACAGUUCUUUCGGCAAUGGGCCAGGAAAUGGUGGUUGCCACCAAGCCAAACAUGAAGUAAACUACUCCUUCCAGCUACCACUACUACUACUACUAUUACCACCAUUACCAUCUUCACAACCAACCAUUAUCUCGUUAAAGUAUAUAUUUUUUUCAUAUUAGACAACUGGAAGACGGUUAAUGGUUGACAUCUGUGAUUACUCUACAAUGGGAGUGCAGUAUGUCCUGGAGGAGUUUGGGUUAUCCAUGAAGCAAGAUAGAGUAGUUAAGUGCCCAGCUCUGCCUCAACCAUGAACAUCACUACCCAUUGUGGUCCUCUUAUUUAAAGUACUAAAAUUGCUUUUGGAAUAAGGGGAGAGGAAGGCCUUCACCGUCAUGUUUAACUGGUAUAUGCAUGUUUUUAGAGGUUCUGAACCUUAUUAUUUUACUUUUUUUUUUUAAUCAUUAUUGUUGUUAUUAUUUUGUGGACAAGCAACAUCCCAGUGUGUGUGGGCUGAAUAAUUACCCUUGUGGGUUGGUUUAUUGAUCUGUGACCAAAUGAGGAAUAAAUGGUGUGUUGUUUAUAUGGCGUUUGAUUGUUUAAACAAUCCAAGCUUCAGUGCAGGAGAGCCUUUUCCUUUUUUACUCUAUCAUAUAUUAUGGGCCCAUUACUUGGGUUGGAGGAAAGCUUUUAUCUAACUUGUUUUUGUACUUCAUUAUGCAUAAUUAAUAUGCUGAAUAUUAGAAUAAAAAUUUACAACCAUUCCAGUGUUAAGAUGUUCUUUCAUUCACAUAUCCCCAGGAUUUAGUAUUUGUAAAAUUGAGAAAAAAUAAUAAUUGGCCUUAGUUUGACAGCAGUACAGUAAGCUUGCUUUAUCAAAACUUGGGGAUUUAUCUUGCUGUUAAUAUUCACAAAUUAUGGUAUUAAUCCAUGAAGUAAUAGAUUAUAUAUACCCAAAAUUGUGAUAAUUAAUUUAGAGCUUGCACCAGAGAACUUAACAUAAGUGCCAGGGGUCUAAUUUAGUUCCUGCAUUAUGGGUUUAUAUUGAUAUACUUCGAGUAGAGUCAGGAUUGUAUAGUUCAAUUGUUGGUAGCUUCUUAACCUUGUGUUAUGGCAGAGGGAAAUGUUAACAACCACUCGUGUUGCACAAUUUUGUUUAUCACCGACACUUGACAUGUUUGUUUAAAUGUCUUCGGCUACGUUUUUCUUCUGUUUACGUACCAUCCACAAAGGAGAUUAAAAUUGGUUCUCGGCAUUUCCUUAUUGUGUACAAAUAUAGUUAUCAUGAAAACAUUACUUUUUGAGAAGUUGUUAAUGCAUGAUAAACUCUUAUUACAUGUAUAUUUAGCAAUCCGCUCUAGUUUGCCAUCUGAAAAUAGUAUAUAAAACUUGCAGAAUGCGGUACAUAAAUAUCAGUGCGGGUAAUUGCUCCGUGGCAUUUAAAAGUAUUUUGGCAUUCAUGAAAGUUUUGAUUAGCUCUGAAAUUAACAUGUUUUAACAUGCAUAUGUGAUCACCAUUCAUAUUUAAGCUUUCAUGUGCCAUGAUUUACCUGUAUACAAAUAUUCAUUGUCAGAUAUGCAAGAUCAAAAAAUUUGAAUUUGACUUCAUGCUAUAAUGUACCCUGAAUUGAGUUACAUUUGAUGCUGGGGAGGAAGAGAUGGUUGAGUAGCAUUUUGUUCACUUAGACAUGAGGAAAUAUAGUAGAUAAUUUUUUAUGGGGUUAUUUUUGCCAGUUCGUAAUAAUUUUACUAUUUUAGAGAAAGUAGACAAUUUUUAUCCAUUAAUUUGAAGAUUCCUUAAGUAAUAUUGGUGGGGUAUUGUACUAAGGUAAUGAAAUUCAUAUAUUCUGAAUGUAUAAUUGUAUAAAAGAUUAACUGAAUGUUUUCUUAAAACCUUUGCAAUCAUAUUACAUGCUCAUGUUUUGAUUUAGUGUGGUAUGUGAUGUAAUUUGAGUUCUAAGAGGUUGGUGAACAGAUAAGGAUUGCUAUGUUGUGUUGUAUUGUAAGAAGUGAAUCAUUACUGGAAUGAAUUGCACUACUGUAUGUAGACAUUUGAUAAAUUAAAUAACUAUUGAGUGAAAUACACUCAGGUUUUUUGUUGUAGACUGACCCAAAUGAGAACAUAGUGACUCAACGUAUCAGUUCAUUUGACAAUUUAAAUUGCCAUUUUUUAUUCAAAGGUUUAUAUCCUCUGUACUUUGAGAAACUACAAUUGCAUACUAAGAUUGCUUAAGCUUUAAAAACUUGCUGUUUUUCUCUGGAGUAAAGCAAAAUGUUUUUAUUUUCACAAUGUAAAUAUUGACCUUCAAAAUACAAUAAAUACAUAAUGGUUUUGUUUGUUAAAUCUACUUGUAGAUAAAACAAAGCUUCACUUCUUACAUAAAUUGUCUUAAGAUUUUAUGCAACCUCUUAAAGAAAUGGAGUUUUGUGGAUCCAAUGUUCUACUUACUGAAGUGUGUUCUGAAGCAGUCAAUAUCUUUGAAAUUAGCGCCAUAAAUCCUUUAAAGUUGAUAUCAUACCUGUUCUUGAAACAUUACUGCCUCAAGUAAAUUUACAUGCUCAUUCAUUUCAAAUACUCGUGUCAUAAUGACUGUCCAAGUAUUAGUAACAAUGGCAGGUGAUACUGUCCUGGACAUAGGACUAAACCUCCAGCAGUUAAAGGUACUCCUGAUGGUUAAAGUGAAUGGCAAUAAAAGUUUAGCAAGUAA